AUGGAAGCUUUGGGUAUUAAGCGAUCCCGCUCGUCCGUUUACCACCCUCAAGGUAAUGGACUGGUAGAGCGAUUUAAUCGUUCGUUGUUGGAUAUGCUACGUCGUCAUAUUGGGAUCCCUGAUUGGGUCUCCCAUUUGCCUGCGUUACUUUGGGUUUACAAUACUUCUAUACACUCGGUUACUGGGUUCAGCCCCUAUAAGUUGAUCUUUGCUCGUGAUCCUCCCUCGGAUUUCUUGCCUAUGCCAAUGGCUGCCACAGAUCUCAUGUUUGACCCUGCUACCUAUGAGGCCUAUACUGAUGCUGUCCGUGCUUACUUAAUGGAUCAGGUCGAUAUGGCUAUUACUCAAGCAGCGGGUAAUGCUAAGCGGCAUUAUGAUCAGAACCUUGUCCCGCAAGGAUUCUUUGUUGGUGCCCGUGUUCUGCUACGGCUGAUGAAGCAUCAGAGACCUACUAAGCUCUCCCCUAUGUGGGAGCCUAAUUGGUUUAUUACUCAGAUCAUAGGCUCUACUGAUCCUAUCAAG